AUGUUUCACCUAAUCGUUUACACACAAGAGCACUGCAGCCAUGUUAACAGCCAUCUAACCCUGUUCGAAAAUGUGUACGACCGAAAUGGAAACAAAAUCUCCAAGCAUGGGGAUCCCCCGGCCGGGGAGAAGAAGGGGGACACGAAUGAUGAUACAGCGACACAGAACAACGUGAACGACGAGAGGGCUCUCCUCAAGCAGAAGCCCUCGCAGGAGGGGGGGGGCGGCCCAAAGGUGCAGCAUUAUACGUCCUCCUUUCUGCAGCUCUACGUAAAUGAUGAGAAGAAUUUCGACUUGUACUUAAUAGAGGAGGAGGACAACGGUGAUGGAGGAGCGACGUCCGUUGCAGCGUCGGGGGGGGGCGCGGAAGAUGCUGAAGCUGUGGAAGUUGUGGAAGCCGCCGAAGCUGCAGAAACCGCCGAAACCGCCGAAACCGCCGAAGCCGCCGAAACCGCCGAAACCGCCGAAGCCGCCGAAACCGCCGAAACCGCCGAAGCCGCCGAAACCGCCGAAGCCGCCGAAGCGGAGAGUGAAGAUACACGGAAGAAUCAAACGAAUAGCAAAAAGGGGGGAGACAAACGGGAAAGAGGCGCCUCAGCGAAAUGGCCAAAGGAAGGAACUAACCAGAAGGAUGCUCAGCCGCACGAAGAUGACAAAAGCAGGAGAGUGAACCUCCCCCUGCACCGAUCCCACAUGCUGUUUAUCCUCUCCCUCCCGACGCACUUCCCCUUCGACCGCCUCUACCGCUUGAUCAGUGCCUACGCGGACUUCAUCGUGCAGGUUAAGGUCUUCCAUGUGCGAGGUAACAUCUGCUUUUUGGAUGAAGAGGAGAGCCCCCCGGGGGGGGCAGCAAAAGUGGAGAGUCCCCCGGGGGAGCAAUCGGACGAGGGCAACCGGCGUAGUGAAUGCAACCGGCAUAGUGAAGGCAACCGGCGUAGUGAAUGCAACCGGCAUAGUGAAGGCAACCGUCGUAGUGAAUGCAACCGGCGUAGCGAGGACAACCCGCAUGGUGAAUGCCCCUCCACCCCGGGAGUAGAACAAACGGCCGUGUACCAAAGAAUCCACAGCGUGGUGAAGAGGAGGCUAAAAAAAAAAAAAAAAAUGAAAAGCUAUUCGGUGCUUAUAUUUUUUAAAACCCAAAUUUACGCAGACAUGUUUUACAGUGAGUAUCACUGCACAGGGCUGGACCACUUGGUGGAGAGUCAUCAAGUCGAAUGGCACAACGUGGUGGACGUGCAGGGAGAGAAGGGGUACCCCGAUUGGUAUGUCUACUGUGCGUUUGUCAGCCUAGUGUACUACAUUGUGGAUGGAGAGGUGGGGACUCGUCCGGUGGAAGCGGAGGCGUUGCCCCAAGUGGAGGAGUCUCUUCGGCGAAGCGAGGGGAAGGUUAGUGAGCUCAAGAAGGGGUCGAAGGAGACACACGGGGGGGGGAAUCAGCUCCCCUCCUCUAGUGGAAGCAACCCAUUCGAUAUAAACCACUUUGAGAGCUUCCAAAAGAGUGUAAUCACCGAUGGGAACACGUGCAUUUCUACGUGCCCGCUUUGCAUGGAGCUGCUGUGCGAGGAGAUCUGCUUCACACUGACGAGGAGCAAAAAAUGGAGCGAGCGGAAAAGGGGGAAGGCCAGCAAGCUGCGCGGUUACCUAAACCUCUCUUGCAACGUCUGCUCGCUGAUUUUUCUCUACGACUCGGUGUCGAGGCUGCUGGGGGGGGGAGCGCUCGGAGGGGCGCAGGAGGGGAAGCAGACGGGGAAGCAGACGGGUGUGACGCACUCGAUAGACAAUUGCGCGCGAGACGGCCCGGGCAGGCUGGGCCGCCUUGUGGGCAGCCUCAAGUGCAGGCACUGCAGCAACGUGGACGAUGUGUGGCUGUGCCUCACCUGCGCGAACAUCGGCUGCGGCAGGUACCAGAAGAGCCACGCCAAGAUGCACAGCAAUAGGUAUAAUCACCACUACUGCCUGAACCUGAAAACCAAGAAGGUGUGGAACUACAUGCGGGAGGCUUUUAUUGAGGAUAAGGUGGAAGAUGACCAGAGUGAGUUGGCGAGUGCCUGGCGUGGGGGCAGUGGUCCGACCGGCGGGGGGUUCUAUAGUAGUGCCUUCCACCCCUGUGUAGGUGCGGCCCCCCCAGGAAGGGGCGAUUUCGUGGAGGACGAAUACGACCUUUGCUGCGGCGACGAGCACCCCCUUCACCCCACCCACGACGGGCGCAUUUGUGACAAAAUCUACGAGAUCUUUACGGACGACGCCUACGUGAGCGACGGGCUGAAGAACGAGCUGCUAUACAGCCUGUACUCCCUGCUGUCCCACCAGUCUAACGUUUAUAACAAUAGCCUGAUCGAGCUGCAGUGCAGCUACAUGAAUAGGGUCGACGUGGAGAGUAGGGACGUGCAGAGCGUGCGAGAUGCGGUUGACCAGGUGGAGAGCCAAAACAGGGAAAUGGAGGGCUUCCUCCGAAAGGCGGAGUCGUCCAUCAGGGCGAAGAACAACGAGCGCGCGCAGCUCCAGGAGAAGAUCCGCUUCCUCACGGAGCUCAACGGCAACAUCGUUUCGCAGCGCCGCGGAGUUAGCGGCGGUGACGAUCGCGAUGACGACUCGAGGAAGAUAAAGCGGCUGGACGAGACGAUCCGCGCGCUGCAGGCCCAGGUGGACGAGCUGCUGCGCGGGUUAAGCGGUGGUGGUUAG